CCUAAUGGACAUAGGGCCGAAAUUCGAGCUCACUAGGAAAAGCUUCCGGCCGUUAUGAACAAAGAUUAUAUAAUAGAUGAAUGAAUUAUAGGCAUACAACCGGCCCGAUGGCGAUCGCUCCUAGCAAUCGUCCAUCGAAGAUAUAUAAAUGGAGUUCUCUGGAAGCGUAUUUGUUCAAUGAAUCAAAUCUGGCUUUUCAAUUGCCACUGAGUAACUACCAACAUCGACAAUGUCCGCCUAUCAGAUCCAACGCCUCAGUCUCUACCAGCAGGAAGCAAACGGUCCGAAGUCACUUCGCAAUGUUGCUGCACCAGAUGUGCCCUUCUUCACGCCAGCGCAGGAUCCGGCUCCUGGUACGGCGAUACGUCAACAACCUGGCGGAAAACCUAUCCCGAAGCUCUUCACUCCGCUCCAAAUUCGUGAUGUCAAGAUGCCAAACCGUAUUUGCGUCAGCCCGAUGUGUCAGUACAGCUGCCAUGACGGAUUUCACACGCCGUGGCAUAUCGCACACUACGGAGGAAUCGCACAGCGAGGACCUGGCCUCCUUAUGGUUGAAGCUACAGCCGUUCAGGCCAAUGGCCGUAUUACGCCUGAAGAUUCCGGAAUUUGGCUUGAUGCACAUAUGGAAACCCUUAAAAAACAUGUGGAUUUCGCCCAUAGCCAAAACUCUUUGAUUGGCAUUCAAUUAUCACACGCUGGUCGGAAGGCUUCGACUGUCGCCCCUUGGCUACAGUCAACCGGUGUCGCCACAAAGGAGGUGUAUGGGUGGCCAGACAAUGUUUUCGGGCCAACCGAUGUGCCGUUUAGCGAAGACACUCCUAAACCCAGAGCUAUGACACUCGCUGAUAUCCAAGAGCUUCGAAAAGAUUUCGUGUCCGGUGCGCAGCGCGCGAUACGUGCUGGUUUUGAUGUUAUCGAGUUACACUUCGCGCAUGGAUACCUGGUAUCAACAUUUCUUACUCCUGCUGUCAACCAGCGCAGUGAUAAGUACGGUGGGAGCUUUGAGAACCGUACGAGGCUGGCUCUUGAAAUUGUUGAAGACCUAAGGGCCAUCAUGCCCAGCGGCAUGCCUUUGUUUGUCCGUAUUAGCGCUACCGACUGGCUGGCAGCUAACCCGGAAUAUCAAGGACCCAGCUGGAGUGUUGAAGACAGCGCCAAGCUGGCACUGCUGCUGGCUGAACGGGGGGUGGACGUCCUAGAUGUGUCGAGUGGUGGUACCCAUGUUUUACAAAAGCCUAUCAGUGGCCCGGGUUACCAAGCUGGAUUUGCGAAGCAGAUCAAGGAAACCGUUGGUAACAAACUACUGGUCAGCUCCGUCGGCAACAUCAAGACAGGGGAGCUGGCUGAGCAAUUGAUACUUGGUGGCAAGGAUGCUAAUGACACGCCCUUGGAUCUUAUUGCUGCGGCCCGCCCAUUUCAGAAGAACCCUGGACUGGUUCUGGCUUGGGCAGAUGAUCUUGACGUCGCUAUUUCUGUAGCACAUCAAAUCGGCUGGGGGUUCCGUGGAAGAUCGAAAAAGACGAGUCAGAAUGUUGUGUAAAAUACUUGAAAAGUUGUGAACUAGAAGGAUGUUUAGAUUAGAGGAUAUCAUAGGGAACUUAGUUAACACGGCAUAACAUGUUAU